UCCGCAAGAGGACAACGCACGAUAUGAGAAUAAUGCACACUUCCCGCAAAGUCAGCCGCAAGGCUUCAAAGCCCAAAAAGAAGAACCUUGCGAAAUUGGAAUCCGCAACGCCACCACCUCCUCCUGCCGAUGACGCAUCGAAGGAAGUUACCGCCAGAGCAGCCGAGUCUGCGACGCCGUCUUGUGCAGCAGCCGACACCAGCGUCACCGAGGGCUGGACAGCGGCCGCGCAGCCUCCUUCCCCGUCGUCCAUACUUGAUGACUUGGUGGCGGCUCAACAGCGCUACGUGCUGUUGCCGCCUACACCAGGGGGAACGCUCCCUACCUGCACCUCCCUACUCCUCGGCUUGCCGUCCUGGUCCGACGCCACCAGCGCACGACAAACGCAGCAGUCGGGCCACCUGCCGUACAUCAUCGAUGAACUCGUUUGCCUGCCGUCGAAGGAAGAAAGGCCGGGCCGCUUCAAGUGGUGGCUGGUGACCAAGAUAGCAUGGUCCAUGGCGUUCUACACGUACCUGGCUUUCUGCGCCUACCGGUCUGCAGUGAUCGGCUUGCAGGACUGGUGUGCUAUGCGCAACCUCGUCCUCAUUGUGGGUGUCCUCCUGACUGUGUUACCUUUCCUCAGUGACGUGUUGUCCGACAUUCUGGAUGGCUACCCUGAUUUCAGGGAGAAGCUUGACCAUCUUCAGAUUGCAUUUGCUGCGGACCCCGUGUGGCGUAUGGCGGCGGCAGGCUGCUUGGGCCACCUGCUGCGUGUGACCCGGGGCCAGCUGCGCCGCAUGCUCCCGUUUAGCGCCACGAUACUCAUGUUCUGCACCGCCACGCUACUUUCGCGGGACCCAGCUGGCAUCUCUGUGGGGCGCGUGAGCCGCGGCGUCGUCGUGUGGUACGUAUCCGCCGUGGCCCUGCUCGAGUGGAAAACUUCGGCGCCGUUCGUCUCCUGCCUCGGAUCGCAGAUGCUGGCCGCCCUUCAGAUGGCGCCGUGGGGCCUCGAGUUCUUGUUCGGCAGCUUCGUCGUCGGCACAAACUUCACCCAGGUGCUGCGGAACACCUCUUUUGCCGGCCUCGGCGAGCUCGACGUCCAGGCGCCGUUCUUGUUCCGCAUUCUGCCGAGGUUCUUCUUGGUGACUUUCUGGAUCAAUUUUGCCUACUGCAUCCCACCUCUCCGAGCCACAAUUGUCAACCUGGUCCGCACGUUCAAAUUUUUCACUGGGGCCACCAUGACUGAAACCAUGAGCGCUUUGGCCAACAUGUUCGUGCCUAUGGCGGAGUCAACGCUGAUGGUGCACCCGUAUAUGGCGGUGAUGACUCCAUCGGAGGUGUUUACUGUAAUCACCUGCGGCUUCGCCACAUUGUCGGCCAGCACUUUGCCCGAGCUCGUGGACGCAGGCAUUGACUUGAACGAUGUUGUGACCAGCGGCAUCCUCGGAUCGUUGGGUUCACUUUGCUUAAGCAAAAUAUACCUUCCUGAAGUGGACAAGGUCAAGGUGAAGAAAGGCCACUUCAGCAUCAACAAAUCGUUGCAGCUACAGUUCGUGGACGUGCUAGGCAACGGAAUGGUGGUGAGCCUCACAAUGGCCGGUUGCAUGACCGGUUGCCUCAUCGCUUUCGUCACGUUCUUUGCAUUUGCCGACGGCAUGGUCAAUUGGGUGGGCGAGGCCGCCGGCUUGCAAGGACUGGGAGCCGAUGAAGUUGUAGCUGCCUUUCUCCAACCGUUCGCGUGCGUGUUUGGGCUGCCCUGGAAGCACAACGAGGUAGUCGCACGGGUGAUAGCGCUAAAGACACUACUGCAUGAGCCCGUGGCGGCUGCCUACCUCACAAGCCAAACGAGCAGAGUCGGGCGCCGCACCCAGACUGUGGCCACGAUGUCCAUGUGCUGCUCGGUGAGCGUCGCCUCAAGCGGGUUGGCACUCGCAGUACUGCAGCUCCUGUCGCCGGGGCGCACGGAUGAGCUAUCUAAACUCGUGGCUCCCGCCAUGCUCACCGCCUUCGGCGUCAACGUCGUCAACUGCUGCCUUGCUUGUAUCCUACUGGACGACGACACCAUUCAGGGACACCGCUUUUUCGGUCGGACGGGAAGCAGUUUUGAUCAACUGCCGUAAAACUUUUGUGCUUAUAAGCCCUGCCCACAAGCGUUACACUGUCGCGC